UUAUCUGCUGUGCUCUCGACUGAGGGGUUUGGGAAAAAGGCUACGGGAGAGGGCGUGUAUAAAGUUGAGCCAGGGGAUCCCCAUGCGAUCUUGCGGAUAUCAUUGCACAUUCUUAGGUUGUUCAUCCCCUUGCGCAUUCCAAUUCAGCCUUGUAUUGUGAAAGGCAUUCCAGUUCAAAAUCAUCCAUCAAGUCUUCUAGACUUCGCAAUGAUUAUCUCCCCGGUUUGGGUUGUGGCUUUUGCCCUUCAGCCGCUGCUGAGCACAGCAGUACCAGUCCCUGAGCCUGCGCCGUCACCGCCAGGAAUCCCUUCUUCAUCUACGGCCAAGAGCGAGCUAGCGGGGUUGACCGUUGCCGCUCAAGGAUCACAAGACGGCUAUGAUCGCGACAAAUUCCCGCACUGGAUCACUACAAAUGGUAGCUGUACCACACGCGAGAGUGUACUUAAGCGUGAUGGAGUGAACGUGGUGACAAGCUCCAGCUGUGCUGCCACUAGUGGCUCGUGGUAUUCGCCGUAUGACGGCGCAACUUGGACAGCAGCGAGCGAUGUCGAUAUCGACCAUCUCGUGCCACUGUCAAAUGCGUGGAAGUCUGGAGCAUCUAGUUGGACCACGGCAGAUCGUACAGCCUUCGCAAACGACCUGGUGAAUCCCCAGCUUCUGGCAGUCACCGAUAGCGUGAACUCCCAGAAGAGUGAUGAUGGACCGGAAGUCUGGAAGCCUUCACUCACAUCUUAUCACUGCACGUAUGCUAAGAUGUGGGUGAAGGUGAAAUCAGUUUAUAAGCUCACUAUCACUUCUGCCGAAAAGGUUGCGCUGACUGACAUGCUCAACACCUGCUGAAUAUUUCUCAAAACUGGUCUUCCUGG